UUGUAUAACUUAAACAACAUAUGAUAUUCAAUACUUUAUUCUAAUGUUUACUCAAUUUAAUCAAUCAAUUAAUAAAUUUGAGUUUUAUUUGAUUACUAUUUGAAUUGAUUGCCAUUAAUAACAAUCACAACAAACGAUGCAAUAUUCAAAUGCAAUGAAUACUCAAUACAUGAAUCAAAUGCCAUUUCAGAUCCGAUUUGAUGGAUGUCUUAAGGAUCCGAUUGUCCAUAAGUGUCAUUCGUUGACACAAUUGAUUCACGAAUCGAUGACAACAAACCUAAAGGACAUUCAAAUGAAUUACUCGACUUUAGUUGAAGACAUCUUCGGCGUCGGUAACCACUCGAUGUCAAGCGAUUGGUCAUUGAAAGUGAUUUCUCGCAAUUAUAAUACUCGCGAGUUUGAUGCCAUUUAUGCAUUUCUCGAUAUAAAUGGACCACUAUUUCAACUGAUCCGACAACUAAUGAAUGAUCCGAUGAAUAGAUAUGAUUUCUCGAAGAAGUAUUUGCCGAUUCCGACCAAACUAUCACUUGAAGAGUCAAUAGUUCCCACACUUUAUGCCAACAAAAUAUCAAACGCCUUAUCAACCAAUAUAUCUGUGAAUGCCUUCGAGUUCUUUAUAUUUCACUUUUCAUAUCUGGUUUUGAAUAACAGUCCAAAUCAUUAUAGUCAUCAAAAUCAAUAUUAUUUAGAACUCAUGUCAAACGCCAAUACAAUCCCAUCAAAUAUCAUAUAUUUUGCAUUAUUAGAGAGUUAUCUAAAUUAUUUAGUUCCGCUGUCAUCAGUUCCGCCAUCCGUUACACAGAAUCCUACCUCUCAGUCAAGUAUCUGGCAAUCAUUGUCAUCGACGACAUCAAAUUUUCUUCAUUUGUCAAGUCCUACAAUCAAUGCAUUGUCACCCAAACCAAUGACAAGUACUCCGAAAACACCGACACUUAUAAAGUCAUCAAUUCUUAAUUUGAAGCCAUUGUUAACCGGAGGACAUGAGCCAUAUUCAAGUGAUCAAUGGUCUAACCGUUCAGCACAUGAUUCUCUGGGAUCUGAAAUAGUGAGAUGUGAAACAUUUUUGUUGAUUAUUACAGAUAUGUGGCUCAAUCACGCCAUACAACACAAUGUCGCCAAAAGACAGGGAAGUCCUUUAAAACAACAGAUGUUUACACCGAAUUCGGAUCACAUGAGAGCCGUUAGAAUAAUGAUAAAACAUUUGCAUUACUUUGCAAAUAGUUGUCCGAAAAGAAAUAAUGAUGUAAUGGAUUCACCGAUUAAUGAAUUGAAGCGAACUCUAUGGUCACAAAAGUAUGUGUUUCAGCGCCGUUUGUAUACGUUUUUUCGGCUUUCAUUCGAUCGGUGGCCAAAUGACACGUCAUUUAGAUUGCCAUUAGAAACAUGGAUCAGUUAUAUACAGCCGUGGCGUUACACAAAUGUUUCAAAAGCUGAUCAAUCAGAUAAUGACGAAAAGGAUGGAAAUACUAGAGAUGUGACACUUAGUGACCAACAAUGGAAAGAAUUCAUUUCCGAUAAUUUAAUGUUUUACUCAAUUAUUUUUCGACAAUUAAUUCCUCGAUUUUCAAGAGUUUUGGAUUUGAGUUCAUCAAAAAAUGCAUUAAUGCUCUUCAGAUUAACCAAAGUAUUUUCGCAACAAAACUUCGCGCUUUGGAUUAGAGAAGCGGAAAAUUCAUUGAUGACUAACGAGUCGUUGACCACAAAUUUGUUACAUACGAGUUGGUCUCAGAGCUCAAGAGCUACAUUAUUAUCGCCAACUUUGCGUCAGCAGAAUAUGAGCUCUUUAGGCGGUCCAUUGAGACAUCACUUACUAGAGUUAGAGUUGAAUCCCAAUGAAUUCACUCCAUUAUUCUGUCCGGCAAUAAAGCCAUUAAUUUUGCAAUUAAUAAAUGAAAUCAAAAAGGCAUUGAAUUUGUUGUCUGAAGUGAUAGGAAAUACAGAAAUGAAUGAUACACUUAAUAAUCCGGUGAAUCAGACAUUCUUUCAGUACAUGACGUCAUUCUUUCAAAUGUCAGAAAAUGCAAAUUCAGAGGAAAAUACAAGACUUAUGAAUGAGAAGAGAAAAACUAGAAAUCACUUACAAAUGUCUUCAACACAAUUGGAGUCAUUGUUUGAAAUGCCUGCAAAUGAAUCUGCUUUCUUAACUCAAGUCAAUGGAAACAAUGCAGAAGAGACUCGUUUACAUCACAGGACACAAGCAUUGUAUGAAGAGUCUAACGGAACACCAAAGUUGACAUCAUUUGGUAGAAAUCAAGUAUUGAACAAACAGUGUAAACCAGAACUGAAUGUUAUUGAAGGAAAUCCUGAUCGACAACCCGUCCGAAGCUAUGAACUCUAUUAUUUGGUUUAUAUUUUAUUAUUUAUUACUGAUUGGAUUAACUUAAAGUUUGGGCGAACCAUACAAAAGUUGUAUAAUAUGUCGGGAUUUAUGGGAAUAUUCUGUCGACAAGUAAUUACUGGUCCGACAACUUACAUAAAGAUUGUCAAAUCGGGAACCGCUUACAGACCACCCGAUAGAGUAACAGAAGUAUUGAAUGCAAGAAUAAACUUGCGAUUUAUGGCUAACAAAGUGUAUCUAAUUUACACAAUGUUUGUCUUGUUUUUGGUCUAUAUUUUCAAUUACAGUUUCUUAUCAUUUUCGUCACUCAUGUUAGCCAUGUAUUUGACUUAUUUGGCCACUAAAACGGUUCUGUAUUACAUAAGUAGUCGUUAA